ACAAAGAGGCCAUCCAGUCCGCGUUGCGGUCGUUGCCGGUCGGUCUAGUCUUCAUGUUGACCCGGAUUAUCUCACCGCAGCGUGUCAGCAACAGCAUUCACUUUUCCAUUUGAACUCCGACGACCACUUACCCACCCACUCGUAGGUCAUACUCGCCUAAUGAGUGGCUAAAUGUCUGGCGCUGAGGCUCCUGAGGGCGGACUGAGCGCUACUGAAGCAGACUUAACUGGAGAGGUGUGUGCAGGGGGGGCCCUGGCUACUUCAUCCCCAAAUUCAAUGGGGGACAUGGGGCUCCCCAUCUAUCAUGGCCCCAUCAGCAGGCAGAGGUGCGAGGAACUCCUGGGCAGGAAGGGCAAAGAUGGAUCAUAUCUCAUAAGGGACAGCGAAACCAUCCAGGGAGCUCUAUGUCUCUGCGUUUACAAACAGAAGAUCGUGUACACGUACAGGAUCCUACAAACCCAUACAGGAUAUUACACUUUACAGACCUGUACAGGGACCCAGGAGCUCUAUUUUAAAACCCUGCAGGAGCUAAUUCGUCACUAUAAGAAGAGAAAUCAAGGUUUGUCCACACGCCUGCGUUACUCAGUGAAGAGGAAAACGAUGGUGCCACAAGCUGACGAUUCCAAUGACUGCCAUGACUAUGAAAAUGUGGAGUCAUCUGAUUAUGUGGUUGUGCUACCGGAUUGAAUCUACUGAACUCUGCCUACAAGAGAGCUCCUUUUGCAUUGACUGUGGUCAAGGUUGCCCACGAGUGUUGUAUAAACAGAUUGUUAAGAUGUACAGAUUGGUCUAAAUAAUAUCAACUUUAUCUCUUUUCUAAUGUAAAAUUUAAAUUCGAAUGCAUAGUUUCUAUCUUAAAUUUAUUUUGCUUUGGACAAGGCAGGAUAAUGUGCUUAUAUGUGCUUCAUUCUGUGUACAUUUAAACUGGCUGGUUAACAGAACACGAACGACAGGCAAGUGUCACUCCAUUGUGUUGCAUCUAACACCUCUGAGCAGUCCUCAAGUUCAUUUAAGCUGAAUGAUCUGUGCCACAGGUGUGGGCCUCCAUAAUUGGGCUUCAGGCUGGCUUUACAUGGUAAAGCUUUCAUGCAAUUAGUUGCAUGUUCUGAGCUGCCUGCAACAUCAUUUCCAUGCAACUUGGCACAAAUCAAUUAAAAACAAUCAAAGUUGCAUGGGUUACUCCACCAGCAGCUUAUAUUUUUGAUACUUUAUCAUUCCUGCUAUAAAGUUAUGUGUGAGGUGUAAAAAAUUGUAGCAUUAUUUAUUAUAUUCAAAUAUUUUGCCAGCUGUAAUUGCUGUUGCAUAUCUGUGUAUUUCUAUUCAUAUAUACAUUUAUCUGUUAUCUAGUGUUCUUUACUAUUUGAGUUGUGUGUAUGUGUUGUGUAUAUGCUAGGGCUUUAAAACGAAUGUUUAAAUAGUCAUUACAUUUAUAGAUUAGAUGACACCUUGCUCAUCCUGUCCAAUUUCAUCAUAGACCUCUAUUUUUGUUAGAAUUUUCAUCCUAGUCUGAUCUCUGUAUAAAAUUAGGGGGCAUCUGGAGAGGGGUCUCCUUUUCAACCAUCCAAUAAACCGUCUGUUUUUAUUUUCUCUUCCGUUGAUCCAGUAAAAUCAGAUGCUUUAAAAUAUCUCGUUCAUCAUCAUCACAUGAAUCAUUAUCAGCGUUUCAUGCAACUUUCUGUUUCACGAAGUUCCGCUUGUAGCAGGUUGCCUUACAUGGUGCAACUCAAGUGUAAUGUAGUUUCACGUUGCUUUCAAGAAACGUACUUUGCAUGAAGGUUUCACAGUUUAAGUUUACCCUAACAGCCGAGUGUGAAACAAACGAGCAAAAGCUUUUCAAGAAUAACCAUAAAAACAGCUCCACAACUAGGAUUGGUGUAAUGAAGUUGAUUUGGUGGUAAAUUAUGCCAAAAUAAGCUUUUUCUAAGUAGAUCAUGGGCAUUUCUAUCAUGGGCUUUACUCUCACUCUACACUCUGAGAAAUAAAGGUACUGAACUGU